CUUGUUAUUAAUCUUGUUGAGCACAACUUACUUCACAUUCACUACUAUCUCUUCCUUUCCUCUUUCAAACCCUAAAACAUUCUUCAAAUUUUUCUUAAAGAUUCUCAAAAUAAAAUUAAAAAAAAUAAAAAUUUUAUCUCUUUAUUUUUUUUUUAGCAACACUUUCUGAUAGUGUUGUUAAAUGGGUACCCCAAACACUUCCUUAGAUAAUGGAAACUGAAGAAUUUCUUCAUUCAGCAUUGUUGUUGUUGUUCAACCAAUGGGAAAAGCCGAAGAAGAACAACACCUGCCACGUGGCGUAACAUCAUCGGAUCCACCACAAAACACGGAAACACAGUGUCGGUGCAGUUCUUCUCAGAUUCGGAAACUCCUUGGUUUCAGAUGCAUUCUCGUUUUCAUCUUCUCUCUUGCUUUGUUCCUCUCUGCUUUGUUUUGGUUACCCCCUUUUGUAGAUCACAACAAUCUCUACGAUAAUUCCAAAUAUAAAGGCCAUGAUAUUGUUGCAAGCUUUAUUGUUAAUAAGUCGGUCCCUGUGCUAGAAGAUAACAAAUUGCAGCUCGAGGCUGACAUUUUUGAUGAGAUAGAAGCUCCCGCCGCUACUCAAGUGAAGAUCUUGUCUUUAGACCCCUUACCUGGGCCAAACAAGACAAAAGUGGUAUUUGCGGUCGAUCCCGAUGGUGGACACCCGGAAAUGUCUUUGUCUGCCAUUAGUUUGAUAAGAUCAUUAUUUACGUCCUUGGUAAUACGCCAAUCAGUUCUCCAGCUCACUUCAUCCUUGUUCGGAGAUCCCCACUUUUUUGAAGUGUUGAAAUUUAAAGGAGGAAUUACAAUAAUUCCACAACAGAAUGCAUUUCCUCUGCAGACAGUGCAAACAAGAUUCAACUUUUCUUUGAAUUUUCCCAUUUAUCAAAUACAAUCAAAUUUCGAUGAGCUGACAAGUCAGCUAAAGUCUGGAUUACGUCUGUCAUCCUAUGAGAACUUGCAUGUCAUCUUAUCGAAUUCCGAAGGUUCAACAGUAGAUGCUCCUACUACUAUUCAAUCCUCUGUUCUACUUGCGGUUGGGAUUCCUUCAUCAAAACAUAGGAUAAAGCAAUUGGCACAAACCAUCAUGGGACCUCAUAAUCUUGGCUUGAAUAACACUGAAUUUGGUAGGGUUAAGCAUGUCAGACUUUCAUCCAUCUUGCAGCACUCCCUUAAUGGCAGUGAUAAUGGCCCAGCGAGGUCACCUUCUCCUGCUCCUGUGCCUCAUUCUCCACACCACCAUCACCAUCAUCACCACCAUCACCAUCAUCAUCACCAUCACCAUCACAAUUCUCAUCUAACUCCUGCAACUUCUCCUAUACCUGCACCUGCUCCUAAACCUGGGGAGGGUGCAACUCCGCCUGAAGUUGUCCCUCCCGCUGCUACAAAAAGGGCACCUACACCACAUAAAAGUUCUCAAGCUCAUCCUCCUGAUUGUCCAUUUGAGCACAGACAAAGGUCUAGGCGUAGUGGUGGGAGACAUACUUAUCUAACACCUGCUGUUGCCCCUAGCAUUGAACAUCAUUCUCAUGUCCCUAUUUCAUCACCAAAACCACAGGUUGAACCCCCUACGCAUGCAUCUCAUUCAGUACCUGCUUUGAGUCCUUUGCCAAAUGUAGCUUUUGCCCAUGCUGAGCCCCCACCUAAGAGGGAACCGGCUGCAGAACAACCUAGCACACAGUUUCAUGGGCUAUCAUUAUCUCCAUCUUCUGCAGGUUGUAUUGGAACUGUUAAAUGGACAUCUUUAAUAUUUCUUGUACUUGUGUUACAUGUGUGACAAAGUACUAAACUUGUACCAUUUGAGAAGAUAAACUAGAGUACUAUGAAUGUGAGCUACACAAAGUGUGAGCUUCACAUAUAUGAGUGGAUAUAAGUUGUCAUCAUGCGUGUAAAUAGUUGAUUAAAAAUAUCCAGAUGGUGUAUGUAUGCAUUUUCAGGUCAAAGUCCAUAAGUGGCAGGCCUUGAUUACAUGCAUUGCCUUUGUUUUGUGAUGUAAGAUGAAAAAAAAAUGAAAAUGAAAGAAGAAAAAAAGUAACAACCCUUUUCAAUAAAUCUCUAUGUAUGGUUCCUAUUAGCCUAGUAAAGGUCAAUGUUGGAUGAGGUUAACAAGGAAAUUUUUUCCACCAAUGAUGGCAAUGUAAGUCACGGUUUUUGUUGUUGCAAUGUUAAUGCUUCUAGUUCAUUUCUUACCUUGUUUUUGUAUCUUCACGAGCUAAAUAGCCAACUUGUAACUACCACCAAAGUAAAUACUUUUUCUCACUAUUUUACUAUGUAAAAUUGUUGGGUUUAAA